AUGAUUGCUGCUGACUGGCGAAUCAACGCGUUUGGGAACUGCCGACGUUUCCUCUUUUUGGCUGCGCAAGCCGGCUCCAACGAUGAAUUUCAGAGCUUCCUCGUGCACGCCAACUCCCGUCAGCCACGCCAGAAGGGGAACGGGCGCCUGGAGUCGCGUAAUGCAACUUCGUUCGCGUGCGGAGCUGGGGGAACGGCAGGAAUGUGUGCAAGGCGAUUCGAGGAAGACAAGCCAAAAAAUGUGCGGCAACGCCAUACAGCGUCGUCCUCUUCGUCUCAAGCGCGCGUGUGUCGCGGACAGCCCUCAGACGCCUCGGGCUCUUUCACGUUUCGGGCGGAAAGGAGCACGCCUUCCGAGUCAAGGGGUUCAGCUUCCCCUCGCGGCGAGACGUUUUCGCAGCGCGCUCCUUUCGUCCAGGCCGACAGCAGGGGCGACUGGGGCAGCGAAACGGGGCGAGGAGCGAACGAAAAUUUGCGCCUUUGGAAGGGUGCGCACUCGUGCACCGUCGAGCUGCGGCACGCCCUCUUGAGGCAGCGCCUCCAAGACCGGAACAAAACGCGGAGUGACCAAGGCAAGCAUUCAGUUUCUUGGGAUGACGCAGACCUGCAGCGGCUUGGCUGCCUGCAGGGAAGUGGGAAGACGGACGCAGGCGUCUCUUCUGCUAUUUCGGGGGGUGUGGAGAGGCAAGAACUGACUUGCGAAGACUCGCGGCGCGGCGCGGACGCGGCAACAGCCGGUGCGAACUUUGCGGGCCGGAGUGCAGUGGGGAAGGCAGACUGGAAACCGGCGAAUCUCAGUCAUGGCGACGUCGGUGAGGAUCAACAUCGAUUGCUGUCCCGACUAGCUCAGAGCAUCCAGCACUUGCCCACGAGGGACAUUGCUUUCUGCCUUGCUCAUCUGCAUAAGCUGUCGCCUCCCGACGCACAGGCGCACGUUUUUUCCGCGGACCCGAUCCUUGCCGUGUACGCGGCAGCAGUUCAGGCGCUUCGCGCGCGACUCGCAGCUUUGUCGUCCUUGGAGUGGAAGGAUAUUCUAGUCCCUGUAGUUGAUUUGCUGCUCGACCACCCAUUGCCCCGUUCCUCCAGGCUCCAACAAGGUCCACCUUCCCCGCGUUCGUUUCCGUCGUCUGUGUCCUCGCGUUUCCCUCCUCUGUUUGUCAUUUUCGAUCCCCUCUUGAGAGACGUGUGUGUACGCGUGACGCGCUACGCUCCUUCGCUUCCUCCGCACCUUCUGCUGUUCUUUUUCAACGCCUACGCGCGAAUUAGCAUCUUCUCCCCGCCACUGGUGCUGGCCACAGCGAAGGCAGUGGAGAGGCGAAUCGAUACGCUUUCGCCGCAAGAUGUCUCCAUGGCUGUGACGACGUUUGCUCUUGCUCAGAGGCAGCGAAACGAGUCGCUUAGACCAGUGCAGUCUGCGGCGGAAAAGAGGGGGGGGCGUUUAAGACCAGGGAGGACGAGAGAGCCCGAGCCAUGUCUCAGCGAUGGGGACACAGCGAACACCAAUGAGCUGUCGCAGUCUCUCCCAGAGAGUUCUGCUCCGUCACCAUCCGUGGCCUCGCUGCCCGAGUCAUCUUCGACUUGUGUCUCCGCCUCUGCGCCGGCUCCUGCGUCGGAUCAUCCACCUUCUUGCGCCUCAUCUCCUGGCUUGUCUUCUGCCCCGUCUCCGCAUCUCCUGUCACACUCCCCUCGCGACGGCGGAGGCACGGACUGGACCGGUGGAGCUCUCCCUGAUGUCUCGUCUACGUUCUUCCGGCUUCUGUCGCGUUUGGCGACUACGCCGUGCCUGCGCCAGCAACUUCCUCUGUCGAGUGCAGUUCAAAUUCUCUCCGCAUGUGCGCGAUUCCCAGCUCCUCUCGAGAGCCGACGCCUCAAGGGAGACAGUCGGCAAGCAUGCGCAGACAGCCUAGCUGACGGGGACACUUCGACGCGCUCGCCCCACUCCAGCAGCCCCUCACUGACUGCUGAAGCUGUCAGAGGCCGACGCACGCACCCGCCCAAACUCGACCAAUUGGAAGAUGCGAAUCGCGACGCUAUGCACCCGGGUCCGCCUACCAUGCUUUCGUCUUCGUCCGCGCCUUCUUCGGUGACGAACUGCAACUCGCAGAAUUCGGCGCCUCCCCGUGAGGCGGACGUGCAGGCCUCCGUCUUCCAAACCCUGUUUGCGGAUGUCCUCAUGUUGUCCGCGUUCGAAAGCUGGACGCCCCAACUCGUCGCCAGCGCCAUGAAUGCUUUUACCAGCUGCAAGAGCCUGUCCUCCUUUCGGCGGCACGACAGCCUCGUCCUUCUUCUCCACCGUUUGCUGUUCACCAUACGCGCGCGGCGGCAACAAGUGGGGAGGAGCGAAUUUGUGGAAGGAGCCGGAAACCAAACGAGGCACCACGUGGAAAGGGAGGGGUUAACCGCAGAAGCAAUCGAGCAACGGUGCGUGGGAGUGAGGUCCGUGGGGUACAAGCACGACGCGCGCAGACCUGCUGGUGACUGGCGGGUCUGGGAUGACGCGUUCAGCGACGAAAAAAUUGUCGUGAGUUUCUCCCUUGCUCUCCACGCACUGGGCAAAGAGAAUGUUCGCCUGUCGUACCCUGUGUUGACAGAAGUGUUGCAAACGGUGGCGUGGGUCCUCAGACACUGCCGCGCUUCGAUUCCCGCGGCUGACCGCCAAAGCACGGGCCACGCGACGGUGCGGCACGAGUCAAGGGCAGAAGCACCUUUUUUAAAGGGGGAAGCGCGAGAUGGAGCGGGACUGCCUGGUGCGUGUGUGGGCGACGAAAAGAGUUUGUAUAACCCGCAACAGCAGCCAGGUCUGCCGCUCUCGCGAGAAUGGGCUUUGAUGGCUUGGGGACUUGCCAAACUUCUCAGCUACGCGAAGGCCACAAAGAAGCCACCUGGGUGGUUGCGGGGAACUGCCACGGAGUCCGAAACAGCAUCCAGUGAUCGUGUGCCGCGCGCAGGGAGCACGGAGUGUCUAGACACGUGGGAAAUGGAAGACGCUUGGGACGGCUACUGCGCAAACGUGUUUCGGCCUCUUUUCCUCUCGAUGCCUCCUCUUCUUUCGGCACAACGGAAGCCAGACGUCAUUGCUAUUUCUCAACUAGCGGAUGCCCUACGACGCAUGCUGCUUCUCGACGUGGGAGAGAAGGCACGGACUGGUGUACCGGCGCCUGACACGCAGGCUUCACCCUUCCCCGAGUCCGAAGACAAGACGCAGUCGCAUGUGCGCCUGCCGUCCACCUCGUGCCCCGUUCUAGACAGCCACGUGCCAGGGCGCGCUGCCGCUUUGUUAGAAGGGCCAACUGCCGUCCAUCGAGAAACGUCUGAGACACGGCCGCGCGGGGUUCUUCUGUGUGACAAGGAAAACGUUUUUGUGACUGGCGGCAGGUCCACUGAUCUCAGUCGCCGAGGAACGCGUCCCGUUGCAACUGAGCGCGGUGUAGCUACCCACGACGUUGUUGUUGAUGCCGAUGGUUUAGCCCGAAAGGUGGACAGCAGCUCUCAGCAGGGCGGGAGUUGCGGGCGCCCUGGCGGUUUGUCUGGGGAGACAGUUGGAAGUCGAGAACGCCGGGAUACGGCAGCCGUAGUAGGCGACAGACCCGCCCUCAGCCUCCGGUGGGUUGGCCGUGAAGGUUCGGGAAGACUCGGCGCAAUGGAAAACGCCCAACUGGACGGUUCCCCUUACCUAUGUGAGCAACGCCUGAUGAAGCCAGAGGAACUCCUUUUCCUGCUGCGCUUCGUCGCAGGUUAUCUGGUUCGUCGUGCCGACGCCUGUAAGCCCCAUCAGCUUCUCCAGACCUCCUGGCUGUACAUACAGCUCAAUCUGUUGCACGCGCUACAGCGCGACUUCACAGCGAGCGCGUCCGCCGUUGCGGGCCUUUCCUCUGCUCCUUCCGGACAGAGCAGUGAGUCGAUCGACCCUUCGGCAGGACGUGGGAAGGGACCGUCUUCACAGGCCCACAAGCCGUCGACAGAGACACCAGGAUGCGGUGUGGGAGUCGACGCGCCUCGCAUGGAUACGAUCCCAAAGCUGGCAGCCGUCGAGUUUAUGGGCUGCGUCUUGGACCGCCUUCGAGAGACCGAGAGUGUGCUAGACGAGGGAAACUCUUUCUUUCUCCAGCAAAUGCUACGCGCGUACGUGCUCAAGUAUCCAGAGAUCAUGAAGCGCCAUCCGAAACGCAUCAGAAAGUUCGUGAAACGUCGCCUCGGAGACACGCUAGAAAAGGGAACGGAUUCUUCAUCCGAGGACAGUUGCGUUCGCAGGGGCAACUCCUCAGCUGGCGCGGCGGCCAGAGCGCAAGUUCUACACCUCACCUAG